UUUUUUCUAUCCUACAGCAACUGUGUCAUUUCAAGGACGUACAAACACCUUUUCUUUUUCCUGCUAGGGAGCCCCAGACUAUGCCCAAUGACCCACAGAAAAAGCCUUGUCCAGUUGUCCUUACACCCGCGUAACUUUUUCUCUCUUCCAGUACCAUUCUGUCCUUGUCCUCAACUACUCGGCUACUCUCUCACUUCCCUUCCUUCCAUAGAUGCCCUCACAUUCCACAGCCUCACAGACUCACAGGUGAGCCACCAGCACCAGCAGUUCAUUCUUGGUAAGCCGCAGCAGAGAGCCACCAGCCACUGUCACUGGACUGGAGAGUCUUGUAUAUCACUGAUUAUUGGUAAAAACUGAGCAUCCAUCAUGGACCAUAAAACAUGGCUUUGGAGAAAGAAAACAUCAGAAAGGACAGUAUUAGCAAAGAAUAAAUCCAAUAUAUCAGAGAGGGAAGAAGAGGAGAAGAUUGUACGGUUAGAGAGAUCAUUGCAAGCCUUAACAGAACAACUUUCAUUUGCUCAUGCUGAAUGCUUUGAGAAGGAGGUUAUUCUGGCCAAGCAAGCAAAAGUAGCUGAAGAAGCCAUCUUAGGUUGGGAGAAAGCGGAAGCUGAAGCUAUAGCUAUCAAGACAGAACUUGAUGACACUCUACAUCAGAAAGCCAUAGUUGAGCGAAGGAUCUGCCAGCUUGAUGAGGCUCUAAAUGUUAUAAUGGUAGAGAAGGAGCUAUUAAAAAAUGACACUGCUAAAAUGAUUUCUGGUGAGCAGGAUAAAGUUCAGAAGCUGGAAAAAUAUGUAGCGGAGAAAGAAAAAAUAAUUGCUAGCUUGGAUGCUGAAUGUAGCAAACUUUCUGAAAUCAUCUCGGGGAAAGAGAAUGUCAUCUUAGAGUUAACUGAAUCAGAUGCAGUGAAAGAGUCAGACAUCAAGGACCUUGUGGUAAAGCUAGAGUCAGCAGAGAGAUCCAAUUCUUCUCUUAGAUACGAGGUUUGCAUGCUCCAGAAGCAACUUGAUAUUCGGAGUGAGGAAAGGAAGUUUAAUAUCAAAUCUGCUGAUGCUGCCCAUAAACAACAUCUUGAAAACGUAAGGAAGAUUGCAAAGCUUGAGGAAGAAUGCAAGAGGUUACGUGCAAUGGUACGUAAAAGGCUGCCGGGACCUGCUGCCAUUACUAAAAUGAGAAGUGAAGUUGAAACACUGAGCAACAAUAAAACACAUACAAGGAUGGGAAGGUUUAAUGCCACGACACCAUUCAAUUCAUUUGAUACAGUACAGAACUCUUCUGAUGCAUCGCAUGUAAAUUCUUCAUUGCUUGCAAGGCUACAUCUGAAGGAAGAUGAAAAUAGAACCAUGAAGGAAUCACUUUCUAGAAAGGAUGGUGAACUUCAGUUUUCCCGUACUAUGCUUGCUCGCUCAACCAUUAAAAUUUCGCAACUUGAAGCUCAACUUCAAGACUUAUCAAGCGAUCGGGCGGCCACAGAACUAGUAAAAAGAAGUCCUGCAGUGUCAGAGAACCCUCUUUCAUCUAUCUCUGAGUAUUGCAAUGAAGAUAACACAAGCUGUUCAGGUUCAUGGGCGUCAGCCUUAAUUUCUGAACUUGAGCAUUUCAAGAAGGGAAGUUGUAAGAGCACAGGAGUUUCAGACUUAAGUUUCAUGGAUGACUUUGAAGAAAUAGAAAGGCUAGCAAUGGUAUGUGAUGACAAACCUUCAAAAUCAUAUGUUGUAAAGAGAGAGGCAAUAGAAUCAGCAGGUAAAGAGCUGGUUCCAGCUAAUGGUCCCAACGAAACAACUAAUAAAGUUCAACAAUACAAGAUUGAGAAGGAACUCCUGAGGUUAGUUGAACUUGUUGAGGGAGUUAUCCAGAGAUCUUCAAAUGAUUAUAGUGGCAAGCUCGUGGAAUCUGGUGGCAAUAUGGGUGAUAACUCUAGGGAAAUAAAUGGUUAUUUUGCUCACGCCUUCUUGUGGAAAACAUCAGAACUUACUUGUGUACUACAAAACUUCAUUCUUGUAUGCAAUGAGCUUCUGUAUGGGAAUACCCAUGUCGAAAGAUUUGUUCUUGAAGUAAACCUCACACUAGACUGGAUAAUCAACCACUGCUUUUCACUCCGGGAUGUAUCAGACAUGAGGGAAACUAUCAUAAAGCAUUUUGAGUUAGAUAGCAGCGCUAGUGGGCUUGACGCUGUUGCGACCAGGCAAACAGGUGUCCAGAACGCAAGUGGCAUGGAUGAAACCAGCACCCCAAACAGGGCGGAGACAUCAUUAGUUUCUGCAUCAAGCCUCAUGGACAUUGGAAUUAAAGCAGACGAUGACACAAACAAUAUAAGAAAUGAACUAUCAGUCACUAAAUUUCAGGAAUCUGAAGGAAAAUCUUCUAGUUUGCGAGCAGAACUAAAUGCAUUGAAGGAAACAGGAAAAAUGAUAGCAAAUGGUGUUUAUGGUGAAAAAACAAUGAGUGAACUUGGCAAACACGAACCAAUCUCUAGCUAUGAGGUGAACAAGGGCAUCAUUAAAGGGAGCAGUUACUCUACUACAGAAGGCCCAAAGUGUGUUUCCAGGAAUGAAGAACAGAAUCUAAACAUGCAGCUGGAGGUCUCGACGGCAUCAGAGAAGCUCAUCGAGUGUCAGGAGACUAUCUUAAACCUGGGAAAGCAACUGAAAUCACUUGCAUCUCCAAAGGAUACGACCUUUUCUGACAAGGCAGCACAUACUUCAGUUCAGCCCGAGCGUAAACCUCAGUCUCAGUCACUAAAUGAGAUGCUGGCUGAGGAUGAUGGAGGGUGUGAUUACCUCGACUCUCCAAAGACCAAGGAGAUCAUAUGCUCAGAACCAAGGUCAGCGCAUGAAAGAAAAUUCUCUGCUGACGGGGCAGGUGAUGAUCUGGAAUCAUGCGGUGCUCACCCAAUGCAAGUGGUUCGGCCCACAAAACCGUAUAGUUUGAGUGGUAAUUGCAAGAAUGAAGCUGCUGUGAAGGUAGUAGCACUCGCCGUUGUCCCGAGCAAGCAGAAGGGGAACACUAACUUGCUCAAGAGGAUUCUGACAGGAAGGAGAAAGGAGGCCAUAACCAAGCCAAAGGUGGUCCUAACUCCUAAAUGCAUAACUGGCAGACAUGGAGAAAGGAGGCCAUAACCAAAGACAUAUCCAUGAUUAGAUUUCAUUUGCCUGUGUAAAUUAAGGGUGUAUGAUUGUUCCUUGAGCGUGUUCUUCUUGGGUUUCGAAACACCAUGGAGUGUAUAUGCUUGCUGUGCAUGUGUACUAGUGUGCUUUGUAACGUUGUGACACUCAUUAGUCAUUACCUUGUUGCUUAGGUCUAUGAACCUGUGGUUUCUCACUGGUAACGUGCCUAGUUUGUUACUUGUUAGUA